GCGGCCCGGAGGUCGGAAGCCGGAAACAGCGAGCAUGUGUCCUCUGGUCUGGAGUUGUGUGUACUAAGCUAAUGGGAACUGUUUAGCUCCACUUCACAAUGAACAGCUAUAGGAGAAUAUCCUGUAGUGAUUGGAAAUCCGGUUUGAACGUCGUCCUCUCUCGUGUCAAACCGUGGACAAACGGCUGCCGGUGUCCGCCCCUCAGCCGGAGCCAGGCCACUGCCUCUAAACCGGCUCCAGGCUUCGCCACGGGAGAGAAGCCCCGGCUGAGGGCCCUCGACCUGGCGCGGCGGGUCCAGCAGGAGAGGACGAAGCCACAGGCCACAGAGCCUCCGCUAACCGGCCAGCAGAAGAGGGUGAUGGAGCUGAAACGGUUCAGUCUGCAGCUACAACAUGUUCAUCCUAACGUGCUGGCAAAACACCUGCACAAAGCCGUGCUGUACCAGGACAAAGAUCUGGUUGUCAUCAACAAACCGUAUGGUGUUCCUGUUAGAGAUGACUGUGGGGCUACAUCGAUCUCCUCUGUGCUUCAUGUUCUCUCCAAAAUGAUGGAUGGGAUGAAGAUCAAGUCUGAUUCUCAGCUGUUCCCCUGUCUGAAGCUGGAGAAGGAAACAACAGGAGCCCUCCUGCUGGCCAGGAGUGACGAAGUAGUCAAGCACAUACUCAACCUUCACAGAAAUAACCAAGUGCAGAGAAAGUACUGGGUCAUCACAGUUGGUGUACCUGUUCCAUCUGAAGGAGUGAUUGACAUCCCCAUCAUAGAGAGAGAGGUCACAGGCUCUCAGCCACACUACAAGAUGGCUCUAAGUCCUCUUUUCAAAAUGAAUGAUUCAGGCGAUGGUGUGACCAAAGUCCGCGCCCAUAGGCGCCAUCCUGCAGUGACCAAGUACAGAGUCUUGGACAGCAGCGGUGGUUGCAGCCUCGUGGAGCUCCAGCCUUUUACUGAAGUGAAGCACCAGAUGAGGGUUCACAUGGCACUUGCUCUGACAUGCCCCAUUCUUGGUGACCACAAAUAUUCCCACUGGAGCAAACUUGCACCCCAGAAAUUACCAGACCAUGUGCUGGGAAAACUUGGACUGGAACAGAGCAAGAUCCGGUAUCUUCCUCUACACGUGCUCGCUCGACAGCUGACGCUGCCAGCUACCAACGGAGCUGCCGUCAACGUGUCCUGUCCCCUGCCUAAAUACUUCACACAAACAUUGAAUCGACUGCAUUUAACCCUUCCUGACCAACGAGACCAUAACUAACCACCUCUUCAAGUGAUGUCUAAAUGUUUUGGGUAUUGAUUGUGCAGAAUUUCAGACUGCAACAAUUGUAAGGUUAUGUCAAAUUAUCAAAUGAAUAUACAGUGCUAAACUAAUUUUUAGUAAUAAACAAAGCAGAACUGUAUC